AUGUGGUCUUUUAUUGGCUAUUACCAUGUGGUUGGUGCCUUAAGUCUUGGAGCCGAAGGUUGGAAGAUUACAACAUCGUCCAUUCCAUUCCCCACAAAUGACUACUCGCCGUCCGACAAGCAAACCACAUUCUCGCCAUUUGCCGCCUGGUCUCUCGCCGUCUGUGGCACACUGCUUAUUAUCUCCAGUCCCGAAUUUCGAACCAAUCUCCGGCAAAUCCAAAGGCCGAGACGAAUUGCCGGGGCCUCGUGCCACCGCCGGAAAAUUAUUAGAAUAGGCCGGAGGAGGUUGAGGGACAGGUGGCGACGCAGGGCGUGGCCUCGAGUGCUGGAGGUGGGGUGCCGCCGAGCGGAUCUCGACCCGCGGGACAGGUGGCGACCCGCGGGAGGGCGUGAUGGUGCCUAUGACGGGAGGGGUCCGGGCCACGAUUGGCCGUGCGGGCCCGAGUGGGCCCGGUGGGAUGGGUCGGGCCAUGACUGGAUGGGUCGGGCCCGGUGGGCGGGUUCGGUUAGCGACUGGCUGAGUUGGGCCCGGUGGGCGGGUUGGUGGUGCGACUGGCUGAGUUCGGCCCGGUGGGAGGGUUGGGCCCAAUGGGCGGAUUGGGGCCGAGACUGGGUGAGUGGGGCCCGGUGGGCGGGUUGGCAGGGUUGA